AUGGGUAAAAGCAUAUUGAAAAAGCAGCCGAAGAGUCAAAAAUCUCAAUUGAAAAGAAAUGGUGGCUCAGAAAAAGUUAAUAAACAGGAAGAAUCUAUAGAAGAGACAAGACCUUGUGGAACUGAAUCUAAAUCGAUUCUCGAAAAAACCCUGGUCUCGGGUCAAGUUCCAUCUCCUAUAGCGAAGCCUGUUUUGAAGACCGUUAAAACGGAAGAUGAUGAAUACAGGAGUGAUGCGUUAUCAAAGAAGGAAAGGAGGAAAUUGAAGAAAUUGCAAGAGAAGGAAGAGAAGGAAGAGGAGGAAGAGGAGGAAGAAAAAGAAGAGGAAGAGGAAGAAGAGGAGGAAGAGGAAGAGGAAGAGGAAAAUGAAGAUGACGAGUUGGAUUUGGAUAAAUUGGCCGCCAGUGAGAGUGAAAGUGACUUUGAUGAUGAUGAAAAUCAAGAAGAGGAGGAAGACGAGAGCGAUGAAGAUGAAGAUGAAGACGAAGACGAAGAGGAGCAAGACAAGGAGGACAAAAACAUAGAGGAGGAGGAUGUUCCAUUAUCAGAAGUUGAAUAUGAUUCAGAUGCUGAUAUAAUACCUCAUACCAAACUCACGAUAAAUAAUAUGGCAGCACUUAGAGAGUCAUUGGCACGGAUACAAUUACCUUGGGCCAAACAUUCUUUCAUUGAACACCAAUCCGUGGUAAGCGCAGAAAGUGCCGAGUCGCAAAUAAAAGAUAUUUAUGAUGAUACAGAAAGGGAGUUGGCAUUUUACAAACAAGGCUUAGAAGCAGUGAAACAAGCAAGAAUCAACCUACUUAAAUUGAAAGUGCCCUUUUCACGUCCGGUGGAUUAUUUUGCAGAAAUGGUAAAAAGUGACGAGCAUAUGGAUAAAUUGAAAACCAAGUUAUUGAGGGAAGCUGCUGAUAAAAAAGCUUCGGAAGAAGCGAAAAAGCAAAGACAGUUGAAAAAAUUUGGUAAACAAGCGCAGCACGAAGUGUUACAACAAAGAGCUAAAGAAAAGAGGGAAACUUUGGACAAGAUCAAGAGUUUGAAAAAGAAAAGAAGCGCUAAUGAAAUCAGUAAUGAUGAUGAUUUCCAAAUUGCAUUAGAGGAGGCUACAAAAGAAGACCAUUCAAGAGACAAUAAAAGAAGAAAACCAAAUGGGAAAAGAAUGGCUAAAGACGCCAAAUAUGGUAGAGGUGGUAAAAAGGCUGGUAGUAGAAAGAACGAUGCUGCUUCGUCGGCAGAUAUAAGUGGGUUUUCUGCUAAAAAGAUGAAGGGGAAAGGCAAGUCGUUGAGACCAGGUAAGAGCAAACGUUCAAGAAGGUAG